CUGUAAAUUGAUAGAAAAAUUGAAACUAGCGAUGAUAUGACAAACACCUGACCAACCGACAGAUAAACCCAGAAAAAAUACACAGAUAUCUACAGACGACUUCAUGAUGUUUUUGACAGGUGAUUCAUUCUGAUAUAUAUAUAUAUAUGUAUCUUUCCAGGUUCAACAUAUUUUGUUUCUUUGUACAUUUAAAAUUCCACAACAGUUUUUGUGUUAUUAUUUAACUUGUGAUAUUACGUUUUUAAAUAUUAAAGUGUCGAAAAAAUAAAGCUAAUUGAUUAGAUUUUUCUUAAUCAAAUAAAAUGGGAGCGAGUAGAAGUCAGUUUACUGAUGAAGAAUUACAAGAUUAUCAAGAUUUAACUUAUUUUACAAAAAAAGAAGUAUUAUACACCCACAAGAAAUUUAAAGCUCUUGCUCCAGAAAAAGUAGGCCAUAAUAAAAAUGCAAAAUUACCAAUGUCGAAAAUACUUCAGUAUGCGGAACUAAGAGUAAAUCCUUUUGGUGAUCGAAUUUGCAAAGUAUUUAGUUCAAGUCAAGAUGGAGAUUGUACCUUUGAAGAUUUCUUGGAUAUGAUGUCAGUGUUCAGUGACUCUGCCCCAAAAACAGUCAAAGCUGAACAUGCCUUUCGAAUAUUUGAUUUUGAUGGUGAUGACAUGCUUGGUGUUGGUGAUCUACGCCAAGUAAUUGAUAGACUUACUGCUCCACACAGAUUAAAUGAAAAUGAAAUGCAACGUUUACUUCAAUAUAUUUUGGAAGAAGCAGAUCUCGAUGAUGAUGGUGCAUUAAGCUUUGCAGAAUUCGAACAUAUAAUUGAAAAAAGCAGUGACUUCUCUAAAACAUUUCGUAUUCGUUUGUAAAUAACAAUAAUAUCUAUUGUUGUUUUUUUAAAUAUAAGACUGAUUUUCAAUUAUUAAUAAUGACAAGAAUGCCAAAAUUUUGAAUACAAACAGAAAAAACUUUUCAUCUGGUCAUAUAGAAAAUAGACUUUAUUAUAUUUUUCAGCGUUAUAAGAAACUAAACAAUAAUUCUAUAUUAUGUUAUUAAAUUAA